AUGUGGACAACAAACGCGAGAGGAGCGAUUUUCAAGAUUUCGAGCACGAAUCUCGUAUUUUCCUUUGUAAAAAUGAACGGGUAUCGAAGCGAACAAGAAGAGCAAACCGCUAAAAGCGAGCAGAUUUGCUGUCUGGUCGAAGAUGGUAAUCGCUGCAAGUUAACGGCUGGAAAUGCGAGCUAUUCAAAACGAAUACAGAAGACUGUCGCUCAGAGAAAACUCAAGUUGUCGCUCGACGUAAAUGCUCGUCACAUUUACAUAUGUGAACACCACAAAAACAUGAUUCAGAGCGUAAGAAGCAAAAGAAAACGAAAAGAAUCAGAGGACGAUCACGAUUCGUUAGACGUUGAUUUCUGUACGCUUCAAGUUAACACCCUCCGAAGGUACAAGCGCCAUUACAAACUCCAGACGAGGCAAGGACUGAACAAGGCUCAACUUGUUGAGACCAUCCAGAGACAUUUUAAACAGAUUGACUGCCCUGAGAAGGAAACCGUUGCAUACUUUAUUUACAUGGUGAAGACCAACAAGAGUAAGCUGGACCAGAAGCAGGACAAUAGCUGAAGUGUUAUUGCUCUUUUUUCUCAAUGUGGCAUUUUAUGAAAUGCCUUUUUUGAAACCUGUAAAAUAUAACAUUCAAUUAGUAUUUUAUAUUGUACAUAGAUUGGUCAGACUAGUGUAUAGUCUUGAAGAAUUCCACUUUGUGAAUAUCAAGAAAAUCUCUUACUUCAUGCUAAGAGUGUUUCAUUUAUGUAAAUGCAUAGCCAUCAGUGUAAAAGAUAAGGAUCCCCCUAGUAUGUGGUAUUGUUUCUGGUGAAAUCAACUGCAUUUUAAGGUUCUAAAUCAUUCUGGAGUUAUUUUCAGAGCAUUAUUUGCUGUACCACUGUCUGGUUCUGAACUAAGCAAUAGGAUACCGGCUCAGCUUAUUCCAACAAAUGAAAGGGAUGCACCAUCCUUUGCAGAUCUAUAGCCAGAGUUUAGAGUGAGGGAGGGGUGGGGGUGUUUAUGCCUUUAAAGGACAUUUUCUUCUAAUGCCCCCCCACAAACCAAACUGGCCAAUGUGUCUGCUAGGAAGCUAAUACCUAUUGAUGUGCUUGGGCAUUCUUUUUUUUUUUUUUUUCAAGGAAUGUAAAAGAAUCUUGUUUGGAUAUAGAAAAGCAGAAAUAGCAGGAAUUAAAAUCUGUGUGAAAUACAUGGAGCUGUGUUUUCAACACCACUGGUAACUGUCAUUGAUAUGUGUAAAUUAUAGAAAAACGUUUGCAAUGUUUUAAUAGUGAGCAAAAGUUGAAUAACAUUAAAAACAGUAAAAUUUCUGGUUA